AUGGAUUUUCUCUCUCAUGCUGAUGCGCGCCAACUUGGAGGAUCAAAGGCCACGGAAGAAAAUGGAGAAAAAGAAGAGGUCAAGGGGUUUACUACAGAAACUAAGCCAAGUGUGAACUUGGGUGAGAUUAAGAAUUUGCCAUCUUUUCCAAAUAUCCCAUAUCUUGCUCCAAUUAUUCAAAUACCAUUUGCACCCCCAUUACCAAAGAUUCCUCAGAUUCCAUUCACUCCUGGAGUUCCCCAAUUACCAGGAUUCCCUGCUUUCCCUUUACCCAAUUUCCCACCCUUCCCUCCUUUCAACAUUCCCAACGUUCCCAACAUUCCCAACAUUCCUUUCCUUGCACCACCUGUUCCUGUAUGAGCAAAAAGGAGUAUUGCUGGUUUAAUCCGAAAAUAGUCUGCGACUUUAUCUACAUAUGGGUGUUCAUAAUGUUUGUGUUAGAAUAAAG